UCGUUCUCUGAUCUACAGUAGCAUGUACAGCACUGUUGGAGGCUCUGCGGUCAACAAAACAAACCUGAAGAUCAAGCUCAGCAGUUUGGAAAAUGAACAGGUGGAUGUUUUGGUGGUCCCCAUGCUCAACAAGCAGCUGAAUUCUACAAAUAUUGGCAAGUGUCUGUUGAGUAAAGCUGGCAACACUUUAAAGUCAAAGUUUGAUUCAGUCACAGCGAAUUGUGCCCUCGCCCCUGGUGAUGUUCAGCUGGUUGAUGCACCUCCAUCUCUGGGCUGCUCCAAGAUUUCCUUCAUUGAGUGCUUGCCUUGGGAUGGAGUGAGAGGACAGAGUGUGCAGGCUCUUGGCAGUGGGUUGAAGAAGUGUUUGGAGCUCUGCGUGCAGUGGAAUUUGACUUCAGUUGCCUUUCCAAUUAUUGGACCAGGAAUUGUUUUAAAAUACCCGCUGAGAGAAGCCAUUCAAGUGCUGACUGAUGUCAUUCACCAGUUUGGAUUAUCUGCAUCCACUGGGUCUCUUACAAACAUCCACAUCAUCAUUAAACCUGGCUAUCCUGAUUCUGAAGAGUGCUACCAUGAUGUCUACAAACAGCUCAGCCUAAAUAUGAACCAGGGAGGCCAAGCAAUCUUCAGGUCUCUCACCAGUGACCUAGAUGACAUCACCAUGACAGUGGGAAGCGGGGUUAAGCUACAUGUGGUGUUUGGUGACAUCACUAAUGAGACUACAGAUGUUGUCGUGAACACAACCAACUUCCAAACUUUUGAUGUUGAUGGCGUAUGCAAAGACAUCUUAACCAUAGCUGGACCAGAGGUGGAAGCUGAACUGACAGCAGCACAAGUGAACCGAGGAGAAAUUUUAGUGACCCAGUCUGGAAACUUCCCCUGUAAAGCCAUUUUUCAUGUGUCUGGAAAAAGGGAUGAAACUCUCAUUGAACAGCUUGUGUGUGAUAUCAUUUACUAUUGUGAAUGCUAUCAAUACAGCUCUGUGGCAAUUCCUGCCAUCUGUGCUGGAGCUGGAAGGUUGGACCCUGUCAUUGUGGCAGGUGCCAUUCUUCGAGGGAUCAAAGCUUGCACGUCAUUCAUAAAUACCCUCACUGACAUCCGCCUCAUCCUGAUUAAGAGCAAUGUCUUCUUGGCUUUUAAAGAGGAAGCGAUGCAGAUGUUUUCCCCCGCUGUAAUCAACAGAGUACUUCCAGUACUUCCAGUUCAAGUACAGCAACAACAGCCUCCUUCUUCUAUGAGUACAUGCCUCAGCAGUCUCCAUAUCAGCUUUACAAGUCAGCAAUCUGUCUUCACGUUCCUGGGUCUUUGCAAAAAAGAGGUUGAUGAUGCCAUGGAAAAGCUGAAGCAUCAAUAUCAGACACAGUGCUCCAGCAACACCUUCUCAAAGGAGGAAGUGGAACAUCUCACCCAUGAUGACAUGAUGGAUCUGAAGGAGCUGGUGGAGACUGAGGGUCUGUUCAUGCAAACAGAACAGUCUGGAUCACUAACAGUGAGCGGGCUAAAAGAUGGGGUCACCCGGGUGAUACAAAAAAUGAGUCAGUGUCAGUUUGGGACCCUCAAAAGAGAGGUGAGAGUCAGGGAGGAGGAUGAUUUGUACCACAGAGUUGUUUGGUGCAUCCUGGCUCAUAACGGUAACUGGGAAAGGCUUCCCAAAACAGCCAAUCACAAACUGGAAAUUAAAGAAUUAACAGAAGGAAUAACAGACGCACAGGGAAUCACAUGGGAGGUUAAUCUACAGAUGAUGGAGGCCACACGACCACUGAGCAGACAGACAACGAAGCUGAAACGACUUGAGAAUCUGCCAGACUUUACGUUCCCUCUGUACUGGGACAACAUGGCUGCUACAGAGACUAUGAAGGUGGUUACAGUGGAGCCUUCCUCUGCAGAGUACCGGACAGUGAAGGAAGCCUUCAAACGAACUGCCAGCAAAACUCUGAUGAAGAUUGAGCGUUUGCAGAACAUUCACCUGCGGCGUGCCUAUGAAGCACAGAAGAAACACAUUUCUGAUAAAAAUGCACUGGAGAGCGGAGCAGGGGAAAAACUUCUGUAUCAUGGAACAACCCAGGAAAACUGCAACUCAAUCAUGAACACUGGAUUCAACAGGCGCUUUGCUGGGCAAAAUGCAACCUCAUAUGGUAUUGGGACUUACUUUGCUGUUAAGGCCAGCUACUCAGCCAACCCCACCUACUCCAGACCAGCUGCUGACGGUUCUCAGUUAAUGUUUGUCGCCCGAGUCCUCACAGGCAUCUACACUCAGGGCCAAAGUGAUAUGAAGGUGCCUCCACCUCGGAACAGCCUGCAGCCUCACGAUCGCUAUGACAGCGUUGUGGACAGAACGGACAACCCCUACAUGUACAUUGUGUUUCACGACAACCAAGCUUAUCCUGACUACCUCAUCACAUUUCAAUGAGAGCAAAGAGAAAGUGAUGAAUUUCCACUGUGGAAAAAAUUGGAUUCUGGAAAAUCCAGAAAGAAUAAGAUUAAAGUUAUAUUAAUAACUACAGUAACUGGCAAUAUGUGGAGAAAAACUGUUAAAAAUAAUAAAUUCAGAAGAUAUUUAUGUAAAGGGUCUGAGAGCUAUAUCACAAUUUACAUUAAAGAUUAAGAAAAUUUUGCACACAAAAGAAACUUAACUUUGCCAAGUGUAAAGCACUUUGAAUUGCACAUGAUUUGUUUGAGAACAUACCAAAUGGCCUUAAUAAAGAUUCAUUUACUGUG